GGAGCGGGCGCUGAUUGGCCGGCGGCGCGCGGCGGAGCGCGGCCCGGCGCGUCGCGUCAGUUCCGCGCUGGGCCCGCGAUGCUGUCGGCGGGCGGCGGCUCCGGCCCCGGCGGGGCGGGCGGCUCCGGGCCGGGGCUCGGCGGCGACGGCGAUUUCCUGUCGCGGUACCGCCUGGUGUCGGCCAAGCUGCGGCGGCGGUUCCUGCGGAAACCGAACGUGGCGGAGGCGGCGGAGCAGUUCGCGGCGCUGGCGCGGGAGCUGCGCGCCCAGGAGAGCCUGCCCUACGCCGCCUGGUGCCAGCUGGCCGUGGCGCGCUGCGCCCAGAGCCUGUUCCACGGCCCCGCCGAGGCGGCCGCGCUGGCCGAGGCCGCGCGGCUCUUCCUGCGCCAGGAGCGGGACCUGCGGCAGCGCCUGGUGCUGCGCGGCGGCUUCGGCGAGCACGUGGCGGCGGCGCAGAGCUGCGGGGCCUUCGCCGCCCGCCUGCACCUGGAGCGGGGGCAGCCCGCGCUGGCGGCCGGGCCGUGCCUGGAGCUGGCGGCGGCGCUCCGCGACACGGGACAGCCCGCCCGCGCCGCCGCGCCCCUGCAGCGGGCGGCGGAGCUGCUGACGGCGGCGCGGCUGCCGCUGCAGGCUCUGCGCUGCCUGGCCGAGCGCGCCUCCUGCCUGCUGCUGGCCCGCGACUACGCCGGGGCGCUGGCCACGCUGACGCGGGCGCAGGCGCUGGCCGGGGCCGGGCUGGGCGGUGCGGCCGGGGCCGCGCCCGGCGGCGCCUUCGUGGACGUGCUGGCGCGCUGCGAGGUGUCGCGGGUGCUGCUGCUGCUCCUGCUGCAGCCGCCGCCCGCCAAGCUGCUGCCCGAGCACGCCCGCACGCUGGAGCAGUACUGCUGGGAGGCGCCCGACGGCGGACCGGGCACCGGGAGCGGCUCCGGGACGGGCGGGGGCCUGCCGCCGGCCGCCAGCUACCUGCCGGCCGAGCUGUUCCUGCUGCUGCAGUCGGCAGUGCUGGCGUGCCAGGAGAAGGACGCGGAGGCGCUGAAGGCGCUGCAGGCCGAGCUGUGGCCGCUGCUGAGCGCCGAGCAGAACCAUCUGCUGCACCUGGUGCUGCAGGAGAUGCUGAGCCCCGCCGGACAGGGGCUCUGAGCGCCGCCGCCCGCAGGGACAGGUCGGACUGGUUGCUUCAGCCGGUGCCAGCACAGAGUCUAUUCCGUUAUUUAUUUUUAAUACGAGUUGAAGUAACGGUUGAUGAGAGAACGCAUUCAUCUACACGUUUGCCUUGUGUCAUAGUAAACUGCUCAUUCUAUGUACUGAAAGUUGUCGUGCUUGGAAAAACUGUAACCCUAAAGCAGAAAGGCCAUUUCAGGGCAGAAGGAAGCUGUUUAUUAAAAGACUGGCUGCAAUUUGCA